UCGAUUCUUUUGAUAUUCGUAUGGACCCACCCACCUCUCGGGGAGCUCUUUUUAAGGAUACGCCGGAUUUGCGAGCCCCUGUCGGCUGCUGUAAACUAGCCACCCGGCCUGUCAGUGGAGGGGGAAAAGUGACGACGAAUGGGCCAUGGAGUGUAUUCCAGCAACUCUUGAGGAUCUUGAGAGCAAAAAGGAUGCACUUAUAGAAGACUCGGAGCACAAUGUGUACACAAGGUUCAUGAAGUCCCAUCGCUGUUACGACCUCGUUCCCACCAGCUCCAAAUUGGUGGUUUUUGACACAUCCCUCCAGGUCAAGAAGGCUUUUUUUGCACUCGUUUCCAAUGGUGUGAGGGCAGCUCCACUAUGGGACAGUAACAAGCAGUGCUUUGUUGGCAUGCUGACCAUCACAGACUUCAUUAACAUCCUUCAUCGUUACUAUAAAUCUCGACUGGUUCAGAUUUAUGAGCUGGAAGAGCACAAAAUCGAAACAUGGCGAGAGGUGUACCUUCAAGACUCUUUCAAGCCCCUGGUUAGCAUAUCGCCCAAUGCCAGCUUGUACGACGCAGUAUCCUCGCUGCUCAAGAACAAGAUCCACAGACUGCCCGUCAUCGACCCCCUGACUGGAAACACGCUCUACAUUCUCACACAUAAGAGGAUUCUCAAGUUCCUGAAGCUCUUUAUAUCUGAGAUGCCCAAGCCUUCAUUCCUGGGGCAAACCUUGGAGGAGCUGAACAUAGGAACAUACCAGAACAUAGCCGUGGUGCGCACAGAUACACCUCUGUACACGGCGCUGGGUAUUUUUGUAGAGCAGCGGGUGUCUGCGCUCCCUGUGGUGGACGACAAAGGUCGAGUGGUGGACAUUUACUCCAAAUUUGACGUCAUCAACCUGGCAGCAGAGAAGACGUACAACAACCUGGACUUGACCGUGACCAAAGCUUUACAGCACCGCUCUCAGUACUUUGAAGGGGUGCUCACCUGCCAUCGACACGAGACCCUGGAGGCCAUCAUCAACCGACUGGUGGAAGCGGAGGUGCACAGGUUGGUGGUUGUGGACGAGCAGGAUGUGGUGAAAGGCAUCGUCUCCCUCUCGGAUAUCCUCCAGGCGCUCGUGCUCACUGAUGGAGACGAGGACAGCGCGUGAGGCCAACACCGCGUGGAACCAGGAAAAAGGCAGCAAAGGUAGAAAGGUGAGGCUGCGGCAAAGGGAACAAGGAGUAGGGACCCGAGCGCAGAGGAAAUGUUGACAGCUCAAUGAAUGAUGGCUAUCUCCUACUUGAAAGUUACUAACCUAGCAAUACAACACUGCAUCAUUCCUGUGCAUGGAGUCACAUUUCAUAUCAGCAAGAUGCAAUAAUAGCACAAAGGUGCUCUUGAGGAGCUGAACUAGUCAGUUAACAACCAAUGCAAAGACUUUGAACUUGUACAUUUGUUGUUGUGCUGUCAUCUUAGAGGACGCUGCACUUUUUGGGGGGGAAUUUUGUCUUAUCUUUCGCAAUCCUUAUGUAAGACAAGAACACAUUUUUCUUUUUAAUGCGUUCUAACUAGUAAAUAAAAGCUAGCAAAAGUCAGCUAACACUAGAGGUCAUGAGUCAAGGUUUUAUAUACAUGCUGUAAGUAUAUAUGUAAUGAAGUAACAUUCAUAAUAACAUGUAAUAUUGACCUAUUUUGCCCAUUUUAAUUUUAAAUAUAUGUAUAUAUAGAAAAUAGCAAAUGUUGUGACGCAUCACCUUUGCUAUUUUCUUCAACAACACUGAUGAGUGCUCACUGCAGACUUCAUUAGACAACAAACAUGAUAAAACAUCACUUGCUGUACAAUGUCUGCUCUCAUUAGGAUGGCGUCUGCUAGAAUGUUCAUAUAUUUCCGUUUACAUGGAGUAUUAAUCUUAAUC